UUUACUGGUUGCUCUCCUGUCAAAUAGCAGUUGUGGUAAUUUAUAAAACUCACCAAGAUAAGGUAUGGAAAUAAUUUCAGAUGUGAAUUUUGAAAGCACGUGUUUGGGGAUUGGAUGUUAUUCUCUGUGAUGAAGCCAUACAGCAACAUGAAUAUCUGCAGCACAAACUUUAGGAAAACAAACUGGUUUGGAAAUGCUUUUGAAAUAAUGUGUAGACAAAGUUGUAGCUGCUUUUCCUUUGUUGAUGUAAUCUAAUUCAGGGUGUGUUCGAAGUCAUGCUUUGAACAUAGUUGAGGACAAAAUUGUAUUUAAAACAAAAAUUUUCUCCAAAAAAUUUCAAACACCUUUUUUAAGCAUUUUAGAUUUAUUAAAUGAGAGUUGUGUUUUGCUUUGAACACAGAAACUAAUUAAUUUCAUAAAACCCUUGACGCUAUUAGUCAUUUUGUGUUUUUAUUUUUGUUGGAUAACAGCCUGCAGUCUCAAGUUCCUUCAAAUGUGAUGGUCUUUUGGAAUGAACCUUAAUCUUCAGCUGACCCUCGCAAGUUUUCAAUGGGAUUCAAGUCAGGGUUUAGAGCAAAUCUAUCGAUAAGGUGCAUUAUGGAGUUAGCUUUCUACCAGGAGCAAUGGAUGAUGUCAUGUUGGAAGGAAAAGCGAUAAUCCAUGUCCAAUUUUGUCACAAACUCCUGAAGGUUUUGUUUCAAAUUUUUAACAUACUGCUCACCCUUUGAUUAUGAUCCAUUCCUCACUUGCAGGAUUUUCUUUCAUUGAAGGAACCCCACCACAGCAUGUCUCACUAGGUUUAGUGUUCUUUAGGUUAUAGACAUUCAUUUCUGUGUGCAAAGUUAAAAAUAAAUAAUGCAAGUGUCCACAAAUAGAUCUAUGCUAAUAUACUAUGCUCUGCUUAACAUAACUUAAAAAACAUUGCGAACGCACUGUUUUAUUUUGAAAUGCGGAAGUGGUGCACAGGUCUUCCCGUUGUCAAGCCUGCGUUAUGAAAUGUGAGGAAGGAAAUGUUUAACGAUAAAUUUGUCUUGGAAUGAGUGAGUUUCUUCAAGGAGAGAAGGUAUAGUUAGUUUUCGACCAUAUACGUGUUCAACAAAGUAACAGAUCAUGUCAGCGAUCAAGGUUGCCCUACAGCACAGCCCAAAGGGUGGGAGGCGGAAAACCUCCAAGACGAUGUCUGCAGACGUGUCUCCAGACUCCAAGUGCCCCAUCUGUUUGGACAUAUUUCAUAAUAUGUCCUACUUGGACCGCUGCCUCCAUAAAUUCUGCUUCCGUUGUAUUCUGGAGUGGUCGAAGAACAAACCUGAGUGCCCACUGUGCAAACAGCCGUUUAGUUCAAUCUAUCACAGCAUAAAAUCAGAUGAGGACUUUCAAAAAUAUGAACUGAAACAGCAGGUGGAAAAUUCCUCAUUUGGUUAUUUCGGAGGAGUUCGGUUUCGAUACCGAACGACUCUCACUGGGGUUCAUCGACAGAUGAGAAGAACCUCUCCGCCUCCAGAUAACGGAGUAAUGUUUGAAGCUUCCUCCGAUUUACCCCAGCAGAGACGGGAUCGAUACAUUCGCCGCAUGAUGACGAGGUUGGCGGCUAAGAGGAGAGCUGCAAGCGAAGGCAGAGCCGUGAACAAUCUCAGGGAACAGGAGAUGAUCAACUUCAGAAGGGAGCUCUACCGAAGGGGGGUCAGGGUGAGGAUUGUGAGGGACGGCGGGCGCUCCAGAGACACAUCCGCUGAAUUUUAUAGAAGAAAUCCUGCCUGCCUACACAGACUCGUCCCGUGGCUAAAAAGAGAACUGAUGGUGCUGUACGGGGCCCACGGCUCCUUGGUCAACAUAGUUCAGCAUAUCAUCAUGUCACGCAUUACACGCUACGAUAUGGAGGACGGGGCCAUCCAGGAAGAGCUCAGACCUUUCCUGCAGGGUCGGACAGAACACUUUCUGCACGAAUUUAUCAAUUUUGCAAAGUCCCCCUUCAAUAUGGAGGCCUACGACCAACAUGCCGUUUAUGAUUGCCCUGCACCCUCCUCCAAUGAGCACAGCAGCUCCAACUCCUCUGUAAUCGCCAUUUCAGAGGACGAGGAAAACUCUGCAGAGAUGGAACCUCCUGGGAACUCGGCAUAUACUCUGAGUCAGUCUUUGUGGGACGAUGAGACGCCGGGGCCUUCGUAUUCAACAACAACAGAGUCCAGCAGGCAAGACUUUCAAACAGUCCUGGACUUGGAUUCAGAAAGCAGCUCAGAAGACGAACAGCAAAUUUUUGGUGCUUCUCCACCACAAAUUAGAUCUCAUAGCCAAACAGAUGUUGCUCAUGCUGACGGCACCAUAGAAGACUGUGCAUCUUCCGAUGGUGAUGACUGUGUCAUUGUGGGAUAUGUUAAGCCUACAACAGAAAGGACUCCAGAGCUGGUUCAUCUGUCUUCCGACUCUGAUGGCUCUUCUGUUGAGGAGAACCCAGAAGCUCCUCUUCAGUCGCAACACAUCCGUUUCACCAGCUGUAGUCCUGCAAAUUCACACAGUAGUGAUUCCAGUAAGGCUGGAGAAACUACAAAAGGCCAAACAGACCACCGUCAUCAGUCCUCCUCUAAAGAAACACUUAGCUCAAACACAUACAAUACUUCAACUGGUAGAAGAACACAUAAAAGGUUUGACAGCAGGGAAAGGUCUAUUGAGGGACAUAAAUCAAAGGGGAGAGACCACAAGAGAAAGAAGAGCCACUCAAAGAGCAGAGGGCGCAAGUACUCUAGCAAAAGUCCAGUAAUUUCUCAAAGCACUUUCAAUUCUCAUGCCCGUCGUGGAAACUUCUCAAAAAGUGAUGGACUGCAUGCAAGGAGGGACAGCGACCACAGCUACCAGUCAUACACCCAUUACAGACGAGAGAGAAAUGGUAGCGUAACUCACUACACACAGAGACGGUCCUACUAUUACAGCAGCCACAAGUACUCACGCUCCAAAUCCAGGAGCCGCAGCAGGGACUCACCUCACCGACGAGAGAGGAGGCGGUCUCGAUCCAGACCGUUUUCCAGCAGCUGCUCCUCUUCGCCGGAAAGGAAAUCUCAUCAUGACAAGCCUGGCGGCAAAAGGAAAUGUAAAGCUAAACAUUUGGCAGAACCAUCCAAGAACACCGAAAGUGGCCAAAGUGACUCCAUGUCGUUGACAAAACACAAGAAGACAAGCAAAGAGAAGCACCAUAAAAGAUCCAAAGAGAGGUCAAGGAGGAGGAGCAGGAGUGGGAGCACAGAGGUCGUCGGUGAGCGACACAAGCACCACCAUAAGAAGAAGAAGAAGCACAAGAAGAAAAGUAAAAAAAGCAAGAAUUCCGAGCUCAAAGCGAAGUCCUCACCCAAUGUCAUUACAAUCGAAAGCGACAAUGAGUCUUUUGCCAAUCGCAGCAUCACGCCUGUCAGUAGAACUACUGAACAUACUUUCAUCGAUAAUCCUGCUGAUGAUGGAGAAAACCCUGCCACGGUGGACCAAGCUUCACAAUCACAUUGAUGGAUUGAAUAUUCUAGAGCUUACCACAAGUAUUUUGCAUCAGAACAGUCUUUAAACUAUCAGGUGUCCAGUUCUUUUUUUAUAUUAUUUUUAUUGUUACUAUGUUUUUCCACAGUAAAUUCCAUAUGUGACAAACAAUGUACGUUCUACAGAUAAAACAGAUUAUCUUCAAUGACAUUUUGUAUCAAAACUGUCUGGUAUGCCCACCAUGUAAAGUGUUAUUAAAGGCUGUUUGACAUGACAAUGCAAACAAGGUAGAGGGGUAAAUAUUUUUGAAUUGUAUAUUUUACAAGCGUGAGCUGUUAUUUUGUUAAAAUAUUGAAAUAUUGCAAUGUGCAGAGGUGUUUGUAUAUUCAGGGAUUUUAAGCCUUUCUGUUGUAAUUAUGACACAGAUCUACUUUUAACUGCCAGUAAUUCAGUUGUUACCAUUAAAAUGGCAUUAUGAUUUCAAAAAUGA